CCGAGCCGCCCUUAAAAAGGAGGAAGAAGAAACAGAAACAACAGGAACGAUGGAGGGGAACCGGGACGAAGCUGAAAAAUGUAUAAAUAUCGCCAUCAGAGCCCUCGACGAUGGCAAUAAAGAUAAGGCUUUUAAGUUCCUCAAUAAAGCAGAGAAACUGUACCCAACACAGAAAGCAAAGGUAUUGUUGGAAGCCUUGCUGAGGAAUGAUAAUACAGCAGGGAAUGGCAGAAAACGAGCUAAUGGAACCGAGCCACAAACCCAAACACGACAUGAAACAGAAAAGCAGGACUCAGAUUCAAUUAAAGGAUUUACCAAGGAGCAAGCUGAAGGUGUACAGAAAAUAAAGAAAUGUAAGGAUUACUAUGAGGUACUGGGUAGCAGUAAAGAUGCAACUGAUGAGGAACUAAAAAAGGCCUACAGAAAACUGGCUUUAAAGUUCCACCCUGACAAAAAUCAGGCGCCAGGGGCGACCGAAGCCUUCAAAAAGAUUGGAAAUGCUUAUGCUGUGCUCAGUAACCCAGACAAGAGGAGGCAGUAUGAUGAGUAUGGUGGAAAUGAACCCAGUAGCCCAACCCAAAGCUCCCACGGAGGCUUUGACUUCCACCGAGGCUUUGAGGCCGAUAUUACUCCUGAAGAUCUUUUCAACAUGUUCUUUGGAGGCGUCUUCCCCUCGCAGAACACGCAUACGUUUGCCAAUGGCAGAGCGCAGUAUAGUCAACAGGCGAACCAAACCAGAGGAGAGAGAGCGGAGGAGAGAGGAGACGGAGGCUUUUCCAUGUUCAUUCAACUGAUGCCCAUCGUUGUGCUGAUCUUGGUGUCCAUACUCAGUCAGCUGCUGGUGUCCACGCCACCCUACAGCCUGUACUCCAGACCAUCCACAGGACAGACUCUUAGGAGACAAACAGAGAAUCUGCAUGUAGACUAUUACGUCAACCGAGAUUUUAAAUCAGAGUACAAGGGCUCGGCCUUGCAAAAGAUAGAGAAAAGUGUGGAGGAAGACUAUGUUUCUAAUGUGCGAAACAGCUGCUGGAAGGAAAGGCAGACGAAAACUGACCUGCUGUACGCCGCUAAGGUCUACAGGGAUGACCGACUACGGAGGAAAGCUGAGCUCAUGACCAUGGAGAACUGCAAAGAGCUGGACAGAUUGAACGACCUGUUUCGUGGAGGAUGAACCGGAAGCUUAUCGAUAUUUGAGAGACAAAAUAGAUUUAUAUGUUAACAUUUCUUGUUCGGUUGUUUUUUAACAUGAUGAUAGAAGAAAAAUACAUGUAAGCUUACAUUAGAGUUCUUUACCUCACCUUCCACUGGAUUAGGUUUUGCUGUACAUAGCUCAGUUAAUCAACUGGCAGAAAUACUAGAGAUGUGUAUAUGAUAUUCUAUACAUGCUGUACAUAACAUUAUAAUUUCCUAUUUUUGAGUCAGGUUUUAGUUCAAAGCGCUUACGACGUGCAAGUCAUAUAAAUAGUAAUUAUAAUAAAAGUUUUAAUUUAAACAUGUAUUUAAAUGAAUUCAAAGAAAGGAAAAACAGUGCUCAGAAAAUAAAUGCACAGGUUAAUAGGUUUUUAUCAUUCUGGCUAAUUCUUGGGCACACAUGACUACUUCUGUAUGCUGGUUUCUGCUAAUACAGCAGACUUAACCAUGCUUGUGAAACUUGAAUAUUAUCAACUUUAUCCAAAUGAAUUGAUGAUUAAAUGUAUUUUAUAGUUCAUAUUUAACAAGCACAUUCUCAGAUUCUUGGCCAGUACAAUCUAUCAAUAAUGUCUUAAAGUAAUUUCUAAAUAACUGAAUGUUUGGCAUGUCUUUCUUAUGCAACAUCUCCAAUUUAAUGGAAUUUGGAAAAGAAAGGAAUGAGGCAUUUAUGAUUUCCUGGUUCUGGUGGGCCACAGUCUUUGAUAGGGUUGGCUAUCAAACACACCUAAAUGUAAUUUCCCAGUAACCAUGCAUCCUUUGAUUAGAUUUUUCAGGUGUUUUUGAUUAGGAUUAAGGCUAAACUAAGAAGGACAGUGGCCCUCCAGGACCAGGAAUGCCCACCCCUGCACCAGAUGGAUUUUUUGUCCCACCCUAGAGCCCCAGCACUACACAUUUUUUAUGUCUAUUUGAUCUAACACACCUUCAGCUCAUUGUUAAAGAUCGCAGGACCUAAAUUGAAUGUGUCUGAUAAGAGAAAUGUUCAAAAUUGACUGUGCCAGAGCUUCAGGACAGGCCUGGUGUGCCAUUUCUUUGCAUUGCAGUAGCUUGUGAAUUUAAACUAUAUUAAUACAAAUAUUAUUAAAGUCACAAUGAAAU